AUGGCUUCCGAUGCAGAAUCCACCCACGACCAAACCAUCAUGGACCUCACGGCGACUCCGUGCGCCAUCUGUGGCCCAUCUACGCGCGACGAAGUGAUGGUCGGCUGUGACGGAUGCUCGGGAUGGUUCCACAUCCGUUGCGUGGGCAUCGAGGAGGGCAAACUGCCGAAGAAGUGGUACUGCCAAAACAAGGCCUGCCAGGAGAAGGCCCAGGAGUACCAGCAGAAGCAGAAAGACGCCAAGAAGCAGGCUCGCACCCGGAAAAACGGCAACGAGUCUGACAAAUCCAGCGUCAGCUCUCGCCUAGUUUCGUCUAGCGUGGAAGCGAAGGUGCGAGCGCUAGAAGAGAAGCAGAAGCGACAGUACGAGGAGAUGGAGGCGGAGCUACUGCUGCAGAAAAAGGAAAGGGAGAUGCAGCGUGCGUUCGAGCAGCGAAAGACGGAGUUGGAGCUGCAGAUGCGCGCUGAAGAAGAAGAAGAACAAAGGGCAUGGCGAGUGGAGAUGCUCCAGAAGAAGAAGGAGCAGAUUCAGCGGCUGAAGGCGAACAGAGAACCGUCCUUUGAGAUGCAAAUGGCGGCCAUGGAUGAGGAGCUAGCGGAACUUUCGAGUCAAAAGUCGAAGCCGGCGCCGAAAGUAGUCAAGGACGUUUCGCGAGCGAGUCCUUCCGGCAAAAUCAACAAAAACGUGUUGAAGCGGGGAAAGGCGAACGUGAAGAAGCCAACGCGAGACUACGAGAGCACCGACGGGGAAGACGAGGGCGACGAAAGCUCCGACGAUUCCGAUCUGUCAACCCAGAGUUCGGAUUCUCCCAUGGAAGCCAGGGCGAGAAAAAGCGUUCCAAGGAAGACGUGCAAGAAAGUGGGCAGUGUCAGCCAAAACGGGCUGGGGAAGCAGCAGACCGGACCGACGAAGGCCCAGCUGGCCGCGAGGAUGGGGUUAACGUACAAACUCCCAAAAUUCUCCGGCAAACCAGCGCAAUGGCCAUUGUUCUACGCGGCCUACAAAGUGUCCAACGAUGUCUGCGGUUACAUGAACCACGAGAACUUGAUGCGCCUACAGGAAGCCCUGGAAGGCGACGCUCUCGAGCUGGUGUCCGGGCAGUUGCUACUUCCCGAAACCAUUCCGCAGGUCAUCGAGAAGCUGCGACGGCACUUCGGCCGCCCGGAACAACUGCUUCAAUGCCUGCUGGACAAGGUGAAUCGGCUGGAACCCCCGAGGCCGGACAAUCUGAGGAGUUUUGUUCCAUUCGGAAACACAGUGGAGCAACUCUGCGGCCAUCUGGAGGCAGCGGAUCUACGGCAACACCUCGUCAACCCGCUGCUGAUAAAGUCGCUGGUUGCCAAGCUGCCGGAUCGGGAAAAGCGUGAGUGGGUUCAUUACCGGCGAGGUCGAGGGGAAACAACCUUGAGGACGCUGACGGAUUUCCUGAUGGACAUCGUGGCAGAUGCCUGCGAAGCUAAUGUUGACGCGGAGUUCAACCCACCGCCAUCGUCCGAAUCAGAUUCCCAAUCCGAAGAGGAGAGUUCGAAUGAGGCUGGGCUAUACUGUCACUGCGAAGCCAGCAGUUCGACCUACAACACAAGUGAAGAGAGUAAGCUGAAACCGUGCAAGAUGUGCCAAUCCAAGGAUCAUCGUCUGCAGCACUGCGCGGAUUUCAAGAAGUUGCGGUACGAUGAGCGUUUGAAGCUGGUGACGCACGAGAAGUUAUGCCAUGUCUGCCUCAACGAGCACGACGGGCAGUGCAAAUUGAAAAUCCGCUGCAACAUCGGCGACUGCAGAGAGUUCCACAACUCACUCAUGCAUCCGGUCGGAAACACGGUCGGGCUGAGUGCACCCAUAAGGACAAACUGCACGGUCUUGUUCCGGAUCGUUCCGGUACAGCUGCACUGCGGAGGCAGAACAGUUUCCGUGUUGGCGUUCCUGGACGAAGGAGCAUCCGUCACGCUAGUGGAGAAAAAGCUCGCCGACCGUCUGGGCGCGGUCGGAGUACAAGAGCGAUUGACCAUCCGGUGGACGGGAAACACGUCGAGAGUGGAGGAUUCCCGAAGAAUGAGUCUGUGGGCGUCGGGAACAGGCGCUGCUGCCGGCGGUAAGAUGCUGUUGCACACAGUGCACACGGUGGACAAAUUGAUGCUGCCACAUCAAAGGUUGGAUUCUGAGGAGUUUGCAGCACAGUACGAGCACAUGCGAGGGCUGCCCAUCGAAUCGUACGACGGACAACCGCAGUUGCUGAUUGGUGUGAACAACAUCCACGCGUUCGUACCGGUAGAAGCUAAGGUGGGUACGCCAAUGGAACCGAUUGCUGUUUGCACCAAACUAGGAUGGACGGUCUAUGGGCCGCGACAACAAACCCCAGCGGCGGCCGACAACUAUCUCGGUUACCACCGGCAGGUAACAAACGAGGAUCUGCCACCCGAGAGUUAUUUUGCGUCGAAAGAAUCAGUGGUGACAAUUUCACGGGGCACCGUAGCGAAGAAAUGGGCCCAGCGAAUAAGAGAGCGAACCACCCAACUCGUCGGCGAUCGCUGCGAAGCCGAAUCGCUGUCGAAGACCCGGAGACAAGAAAUUACAACGUGUCGUCAUCCGGACAGAUCUGGAAAAAUCGCCACGAACAUGGCGGUUCUCGUCCCGAACGCAAGAAGACAGGCUGAACAACAAAAUAGGCGGGUUCGAAAUCCGAAACGGGAUGAUCAACUCGCCGGAAGCUCGACGGUGCCUGGAAAAGGCAAAACCGACGACACCGACGCAUUUGAUAGCGAAGGAGAGAGUCCUAGGAGCGAUCAGGGAUCCAAGUGGGGAUCAGCGUUUUCGGCUCGCUUUUCGACGAGGCACCGCGGCGAGUUGUUGCCGCAGCUGUACGAGGAAAAGCGGCCGUCGAGAAAGCUCGUCGCAAGUGGCGCAAAACCAGAGGAAGUCAAAAUCGAUGGGCGAAAGGAGAAGUGUGUGGUGAUGCGCGCGCUCGAUGAGGGGCGCAAAUUGUCGGGCGAAAUUCUGCCAACGACACUAGCGGAAGCGGCUGGCAGUGGUUCAAUUCAGCAGGCGGUCGACGAGUGCAAUUAUUCGUGGUCGACGGGAAACCCCGGAAGUGUUCUAGAUGGAUCUUCAACGUUGCGGUAAUCAUGGUCUCAGACGGACAAUCUCGAUAGACCAACGUGAGGACGUAGAUGGUAAAGUGCAGAGACAAGACGUAGUGAAGCUUGCGGCGUUAAGUAAUGUAAAUCCGGAAAUGCCGGAUGUUACGGGCUGGGGUGUUGCGACGCCGCAACUAAGGUUUUUUUUUGAACCGGUCUAAAAAUGGACCAGUCUAACAUGAGCAUAAUUGCAGCAUGACAGUUCUUGCGCGUUAGUAGUGGUAGGUAAAAUAGAGGUAAGAUGAGAGUAAAUAAGCGAUAGAUUGAUAGAGCAAGCGAUAAACAAACAAGAGCCGAACUACAGUUUCGCCAUUGUAUACAAACUGGAUCGAUAGUUCUGCAAAUAAGUUGAAUUUUAUCGCGCCAAAUAAUUAGUGGUUGGAAGUGUGUUGAAAACUUAAAACAGGAUAAGAGUGUGGGAAAUUAGUGGGUAGAAUCCGUAAGUAAACAUGUAUAGUGAAAACGUGUGAAUUUGGCCAGAAAAAUAGUGUAAAUACUUACCUGUCUACUUUCCCAGGUGUGCAAUUAACGAUACCUGGUGACACCUGAAACAAGGAGAAAUAACCAAAACUUACCGUGCAAGUGGUUACUAUUGUAAGUAGAUGCAUGAAAAGAGAAACUAUGCAAAAUAAGUUCACCAUUUCGAACCGUUUGUGAUUCCACUAGCAUCCACGCAACAAUCCUCCAAUUUAGGGUAACAGCACCUAACUUAAACCAGCCAUAAUUGAAGAGUAGAAAGAAGUCGUGGCAGAGGAAACCACUUAAUUGUAAGUUGUUAGUAAUUAAGUUUGUGUUGUCAAUUGUGCUAAUUGUUUUUUUUGUUAAUAAAUUCCACAGUUUAAGCGUUGCUACAAAAAACUUGAGCUGCUCUAAAAACCUGGUUUCCCUCUCGGGAACAUUUGGCAGCUCAGGUGAGAUACCAUAACCAUUGAAGUUUGUUGGGGAGUGGAACUUUCUGCAGCACGAAUACACACAAAUUGAAAGCAGCUUUUUGGAGCAGAAAUUAUAAUUCCGGAGCAGUGGAUGGAGCCACUUUGUUUCACCCGUGCCUACUACAAAGGCAUAUACGGAGGUAUGGUGCUGCCAUCUGGAUGAAGUUUACUGUUUCGCAAACCUUAAUGAGUACUCACAUGGAACAUCGUAUCAACACUAUUUCACAUUCGAGGUUUGGAAGAUCAGUUUGUUACCAGUUCCACGGGGGGGAAUGUUACGAAUACUCGCAUUACGUUUCGUGCUUAGUGGACCUGGCAACCCUGAAACUAAAGUAUCGAGGAUUCGAUCGGAGCUGCCUAUUGCAGUGAGAUACGGUGAUUCGGCAGUGUAAUUUUGUCCGUGAGUCCGAUAGGAACUACGAGGAGAGUGCACUGUGUUAGGAGAGUUGUUUGUCCCGCGAACCGAUACUAUUUUUAUCGAAGCUGCUCGAAAUAGAAGCUGCUGUUGAUAAGGUGUCAAUGUUCCGAACGCGACAUGCCUCCUAACAAACUUCGAUAAAAAUAAUCCAUCCACCACAAGCCUUCCGCCAUGGACUGUACGUUGCGAGAACUUUCCCUUCUUGAAGAGAAGAAUAAGUUAUGGCGGAAGGAACACGCAGAAAGAGUUAAGCGUAUGGAACAGUAUUAUGAUCAAGAGAUUGCGAAUAUUGAAGAGGAAUUCAAAAGAGCCGUACAGAAACUUAAUUCGGAUUUCAGCGCUCAGCGGAAAGCAAUACUACGGCAAAACAGUGGGUGUGAAGUCAGCAAUGGAGCGAUGGUGGAAUCGAUUCCUUCAAGUGAUAAAACCCAGCCGAAAAAGUACUGCACGAGAGCAGUGGAUCCGAAAAAUGCCGACUCUCCCGAAACAUCUUCGCAAACAAAACUCUUGUCGAAGCCAUCUACUGUUUCACAAAGCGCUAUCAACGGCGAUCUAGAGUCUAUAUCUCAUCAAGAGCGCAGAGAGAUCACCGAAAUGCUAUCAGCUGGUUCUCCAACAGCUGUUUCGUUUGUGAGCAUACAAUCUAUGACGUCAGCUUUACACAAGCUGGGGAAGAAGCAGACACGUUAUUCAAUUCCAAAGAAUGAAAUAAUCUACGACCGAGUCUACGACAUCAAUCCCAGAAAAACAACUAUCAACUUUGUGCAGUGCUUCGCUUACGGGGUCUGUGUAAACUACGACGACGCAGAUCAGGUAGCUGACCGAGUGCCGUAUCCUAUGGGGAACGAAAAACAAUGCAUGCGCGGUAGUAAGCAAAGCAAACAUCAUCGUUUGAAACCGUUGUUGUUCGAUCCCGGUGGUUAUCGUUUGAAUGAUUUGAAUGGAGCUCAUCAAUGCAUACAAUCACCAGCACGGAAGAGGAGAAUGAUGAUCCGACUAAUAUGGGACAGGCUUUGCAGCAGAAAUUAUAAUUCCGGAGCAGUGGAUGGAGCCACUUUGUUUCACCCGUGCCUACUACAAAGGCAUAUACGGAGGUAUGGUGCUGCCAUCUGGAUGAAGUUUACUGUUUCGCAAACCUUAAUGAGUACUCACAUGGAACAUCGUAUCAACACUAUUUCACAUUCGAGGUUUGGAAGAUCAGUUUGUUACCAGUUCCACGGGGGGGAAUGUUACGAAUACUCGCAUUACGUUUCGUGCUUAGUGGACCUGGCAACCCUGAAACUAAAGUAUCGAGGAUUCGAUCGGAGCUGCCUAUUGCAGUGAGAUACGGUGAUUCGGCAGUGUAAUUUUGUCCGUGAGUCCGAUAGGAACUACGAGGAGAGUGCACUGUGUUAGGAGAGUUGUUUGUCCCGCGAACCGAUACUAUUUUUAUCGAAGCUGCUCGAAAUAGAAGCUGCUGUUGAUAAGGUGUCAAUGUUCCGAACGCGACAUGCCUCCUAACACAGUGGUUAACGAUGCAACAAACGGGCUUCCGGGAGUGUGUCGUCGGGUCUGAUUGACGAUGGCCCUGAUGAGGAACGCUAAAUACGAUAAAUGAAUUUCAAUGAAACUCACUUGGAGCUCCCGCGUUGAAGUUGCUACUGUAGCAAUUUUUUGGAUCGCCUACUAUAUCGAUACAAAAUUUUUUUUGCCGGAUCGAAGAGCCAGCGAUACAUUCAUCAAAUUCAAGCAAACUACUGUUACCAUUCCCAGCACUGGUUAUUAUAGCUGACAUGCCGAACAUGUUAUUGAAAAUCUGGAUUUUCCGAAAACCACAGUAAUCAAUCCGGUUCACUCGGAAAUGCUCCCAAUAAAAGAUCGAAUCCCAAAAUUAUUCAAAUCGAAAAAAAUGGCGGAUAUAUAACCAUUUCUGUUUUGAGGAUACCAGGGUAUCAUGCAGGCAUUUUGCGAAUGUAGUUAUGUAGAGCUCGCUCGCGUUCCAACUGAAGAAUUUUCAAAUAUUUCUGAUCGCAGCGUGCCGAAUUUAAACUUGAACGAGUUCAAAUGCAUCACUAUUUUCAAGUUAUCCUCUUACGGUAGUAUCAAUCUGCAAGCAAGUAUCAUUCGGGUAUCGCUAGGUGUGUGUUUGAACUUUCUCACCUACGAAGUAAAUAUGUAACUACUGAUUUGCAUUGCUCUAGCAGCGGAUGCUACAAGCCGCAGAGCAAUAUUAUUGGCAACGGAAUGAAAGUUUUCCAAUGACAGGUUCAACGAAAGUUUUUUCCGCUGAUCUGCGAAUAGUAGCCUCAUUAACGUCGACAUUCUGCAGUUCACGGGCCAUGUGCGCAAGACGUAUGGGUGGAAUUAAAGUUCUCACGUUCCAAGAUUUGAUUUUCCAAUCGUUAUCCUUAAAUCGUUGCUUGGUCUGUUGCCGUUAAAUCAAUUCAUUCUCUAGUUUUGCUUUUUCUUGUAGGUUACGGUUUAAAGCAGGCCUACAUGGCUACCACCUUGGGUACGCACCUCCCUAUUGGGUAUUCGGAACGUACCUCCUCAAGCUGAAGUCGAAAAUACAACAGUGCGCGGACUGCACUACCUGCUAAGCACAUAACUCUUAUCUAGCGGUUUUUGUCUUCGACUGGUCUAGUGUCUUUUCAUCAGUUAGUGCCUUUCGACCAGAUGUCCAUUCGACGAAUUGUCCGUUCGACUAAAUGUCAUAUGUUUCCUACUCCAUAAUAUGGGUUUCGACCAAAUGUCCAUUCGACCAAACGUCCGUUCGACCAAAUGUACUUUCGACCAAAUGUCAUUCGACCAAACGUCAUUCGACCAAAUGUCUUUCGACGAAAUGUCAUAGAUCCAU